AUGGGAUUUAGUGGCCUUUCUUGGCAUACUAGCGAUGACACCUUGCGCGAGGGUUUCCAACCAUUCGGCGAGAUUCAAGAAGCCAUUGUCGUGAAAGACCGUGCGACUUUGCGCAGCCGCGGCUUCGGCUUUGUUCGCUUUGCUACUGACGCCGAGGCGGAUGCUGCUAUGGGCGCUAUGAACAACCAAGAAUUCGACGGACGGGUCAUUCGCGUUGACAAGGCGUUUGAUCGCCCACAACGCCAGGAUGCUGGCUUCCACGGUCGUGGUGGAUACAAUGCCCAGCCUCAAUCUAGUUACCACGGUGGUGGUGGUGUUUACGGUGGCUACAAUCACAAUCAUGGCGGGUACAAUAACGGUCCUGCCGCUGCCGGUGGAUACGGUGGGCCCUACAACCGUGGGUACAGCAACUACGCUCCUAGCGGUCCCGCUGGUUAUGGCGCAGCUGGUCCCGGCGGCUAUGGUGGUGGCCCAAACUCUGGGUAUGGCGGUGGUGGAGGCUGGCGCGGAAACAGCCACGAGCAGGCUCCUCAAGAGGGUUACCAUUAG